AUGAAAGUUGAAGCUCUUGAUGUGCAGCAUUUUACUGGAUUAGGCUUGUUUUACCUACCAUUUCUCUACUUUUAUGAUAUUCCGAAAGCGAAAUCGAAGUUGACAGAUAUUCUUAUAACACCCUUCAGGGCUCUUGUGAAACUUGAAGAUGGUACUUGUGACGCGAACUCUAUACCCUGCUGGAUACGGGGUGAUAAUGAGAGGUCUAACAAGAAAACUGACACGGUAAUAGUGACCAAGCAGCCUCCUUUGAUGCCCCGGAAUUACUCGGGACCCGACCACUCAGAGACAAGACGGGGCAGAAAACUUGCUUGUUGCACGGGUCUUUCGAUGGACUUACUUAUUGAACUCAUGAAGGAUUUGAACUUUGAGGUGGAACUCUACGAAGUCUAUGAUCGUCUUUGGGGUGGUUGGACCAAAGACGGUUGGAAUGGCUUGGUGCGAGAACUAAUGGACCAAAAGGCAGAUAUGGCCAUUACAUCUCUAAAAAUAACACCAAAUCGCUCGGAGCAGAUUGAUUUCAGCGUACCGUUUCUUGAAACUGGCAUUGCAAUCACUGUUGCGUUAAGGGAAGGCGCUAUCUCACCAACAGCUUUCUUGGAGCCCUACGAUUAUCAAUGUUGGUGCAUUAUUCUCCUCUUCAGCGUCCAUGCCUCUGGAGCUGCCAUAUAUCUCUAUGAGUGGUUAUCACCUGUUGGACAGGAUCGAGGGAGACUCAUUACUCCAGACAUCUCUCUUGUAAUUGCAUUAUUCAAUUACGAAACUCUACGAGAGCAUGGUUCAGCAAACUGUCUUAUGCUUCUGGGUGGCUACAAGUCAUCGGCCUCUUCCCUCCUGGAAGCCGAAGAAUCAAUAGCAAUUUGCAUGGAAGCUAAUUCAAGUCCCAAUUGA